UAACGCUUAUUGAUAAGACUUGUGUGGCACAAUUAUUAAAGAAAAUCUUGCAAUACAUUUACGUAUUGCACAGAAUUGUUCACAUAUACAUUCGAUUAGACUUUUUGACAGUGAUCUCAACAGGGGAUUCGUCAAAAAUGAAUAUGGCCAUAGUUACAACUGUGAUGCUAGCGUGUGUUCUACCGAUUCACGAUUCAACGCCUUUAAGACGUUCCUGUCCUUAUUUCAACGCUUUCUGCAGAUGCCCGGCGUACGCAAACGGUUGCUAUGAAUGCCCAGAUCAGUGCGUAUCGGACGGACAAUAUGCUACGAAUCUCCCAUGGAAUAAUUUCAACCACGGCUCUUCUAGCACAGCCAUGUCCGUUGCAGAGACAACAACUCAAUCUACGCAACAAACAACGCUCUCAACCCAAUCAACUACGCAAUCGUCCCAACCAGCAACGCAAUCGACCCAACCAACUACGCAAUCAACCCAACCAACUACGCAAUCGACCCAACAAACUACGCAUUCAACCCAACCAACUACGCAAUCGACCCAACCAACAACGCAAUCGACCCAACCAACAACGCAAUCGACCCAACCAACUACGCAAUCGACCCAACCAACUACGCAAUCGACUCAACCAACUACGCAAUCGACUCAACCAACUACGCAAUCGACCCAACCAACUACGCAAUCAACCCAACCAACUACGCAAUCGACCAAACCAACUACGCAAUGGACCGAAACAACCACGCAAUCAACCAAACCAACUACGCAAUCGACUCAACUAACUACGCAAUCGACCCAAACAAUUACGCAAUCUACCGAGCAAACAACGCAAUCUACAGAACCAUCAACGCAAUCGACAACUCAAACUACGAAAUCUACUAAAUUGGCUAAUCCACCUACACUACCAGCUGUGUUUUCAACACAAUCAACUACGAAAACUACCACGGGAACAACAACUUCAAUGGCUGAAUCGCCGACAACGACAACAACGCAGCCAAACACAGGUUGCCCAUAUUUUCCUGACGAUUGUCCGACCAUUGGAAGCUGUAUCGACGUAGAUGAAAAUUUCUGUCCAAUCUGCUUAUGCGAGGGUAAUUAUACAACUCCUAGGACUGGUUGCAUCCCAAUCCAGUGCCUGCUAGAUUGUGGGAAUCCACCUAAGUUUAAGAAGGACGAUGCUGGAUGUCACAUUUGUGUGUGUGACUAUACAAGCUAGGAGGGUCUGUCGUCGUAUUGAUGACAUGAUAUACGAGCGGAAUAAAACUGCAUUUAAA